AUGACCGUGGACAAGAUCGAUGUAACCGGUGACCCGAGGGUCGAGCGCCGCUCGGCAAACGUCAAUGGCAAGACAUACGGCUACCUCUACAGCGAGCCCGAAUCGGGGGUUUAUCGGGCGACAAUCUUCCUCCUCCAUGGCUUCCCCGACCUAUCCAUGGGAUGGCGCUACCAAAUCCCCAUGUUGAUUUCCAUGGGUCUGCGAGUUGUCGCGCCAGACUGUCUAGGAUAUGGCCGAACAGACGCACCCGAAGAAAUAGAACUAUAUUCGCACAAAAGCUGCGCCAACGACAUCAAAGAACUCGCAACCCAACUACAAGCACCCGAAAUCAUCCUCGGCGGACAUGACUGGGGCGCCGCCCUCGCCUAUCGCGUCGCGCUCUGGCACCCGGAGCUCGUAACGCACAUCUUCACAGUCUGCGUGCCGUAUGCAGCGCCGACACGAAAAUACCUCGCGCUAGAAGACAUGGUAGAGAACAUCGCGCCACAUUUCGCGUACCAGCUGCAAUUCCGGAGCGGAAAUCUCGAAGACGUCAUCUUCAGCAAGGAAGAUAUCGAGAAGUUCUUGUCGGCGCUGUAUGGCGGUCGGACGGAUGAUAGGGAUGUGGCGUUUGAUGCCGAGUAUGGGGUUUUGUUGGAUCGAAUGGAGCUUGUUAGGCCGUCGCCUUUGUUGAGUGAGGUGGAACUGGAAUACUACGCGACUGAAUUCUCGAGGAAUGGGCUUCGGGGGCCGUUAAACUGGUACCGCACACGGGAGAUCAAUUACGAAGAAGAACUUGCCAUUUUGAACGCACGCAUCACAGCCCCGUUACUAUUUAUCCAAGCGCUGAAGGACUCCGCGUUGCCACCGCACCUAGGAAAAGGAAUGACGAGGACCGUCCCGCAUUUGACGUAUAAACAGGUGAAUACGUCGCAUUGGGCGCUGUGGCAGGAACCGGAGGAGGUGAAUGAGAUCAUUGCGUGGUGGCUGAAGGAGGUGGUGUUUAAGAGUUUGAGGAUGUCGAGGUUGUGA